AUGCACCAUCUAUUAACAUUAUUUCUAUUUCUAUUCAUUUUUAUUACAUUUACAUUAAGUUGGCCAACAAGAAAGCCGAAAUUAAAAUUCAAUUCAAAUAGUACAUGUUGUAUAUUAGCUAAAUUAAAUAUUAAUUCAACACGUGCUAAUCAUGGUCGAAAUUUUUUUGCUAAACUAAUUCUCAAUAAUGAAUCUUAUAAAGAUGUUAAUGAAGAUAAUAUUUGUUCAUUGAUGCAUUUUUUUAUGCAAGAAGCUGUACUUAAUGGACGACCCAUUACAUUUUCUAAAGGUAUGUUUGUUUUAUAUGAUUCAACAAAACAAUUUUUUCAUCGUUUAAUGAUGGCAAAAGAUGCACAAAUACAUGGUAGUGAAGAGCAUCGUUCAGGCUAUUUUAAACGUUUAAAACAUUUCGCACUUAGUUCUCUUAAAUCAGUAUUUCAAUCAAAAAAAUUAAAUGAAUCAAUUCCAUAUGCAUUUAUUUAUGUUCGUGGUGAUGAGUCUUCACAUUUUCGUGAAAGAGGAAUUUCACAAAUCCAUAGAAAAACAAUUUAUCCAGCUUAUGGAAUGGAUGUUAAACAUGCCUGCAUGCCGAAUGGUUUUGGUCAUAUUUUAUUUGGAAAAUUAAGAGAUUUAUAUGGUAAUGAAUCAGAUCCUUAUUAUGGUGAUAGAAUUUAUAUUAAACCAGAAGAAUUUGGUCUUCAAAAAUUUAAACAUUAUAUUGGACGUAAGUUCAAUUAA